GUAAUGUGUCAUAUGUAAACCUUAAAUGGCCUAUACUCGCCAGUUAACAUCACUACUAACACUAGAUGCCGCCAUUUUCAAAAGACUGAAACGACAAGACACAACUCUACUAUCUAGUGCGGUUUGCCUGCUUGUGUGGUGAACACACAACGUUGCCAAAGCAGGCAGACCUUAGUAACGGCGAUACUUUGUUCGCUGCAACAUAACCAAGCUAGUUAAGCCAAUCAGAGUUGGAAAAUAUAUUCAAGCAAAGAUGUCUUAUUUGGAGUCAUCUUCGGCUCCUGGUGAUGAGGACGAAGCUUUCUACUUGCAGUCUAGAGCCGCCUACGUAAGUGUGUUCAGAUCUAGCCUGGCAAAUAUCUCCUCGAAACAGGAAUUAUGUCGAGUUCUCCAGUUGGCUGGCAGGAAUCCCUCCCAAGCCACUCUCGAUAAAUACUGGACCACAGGAACGACUGACAUGAACUUUGACGAUUUCUGUGGGAUUCUGAAACAUGAGCGGAAGGCUGAGAAGAACGAGCUGAUAGAAGUUUUCAAAAAGCUGGAUACCGAUGGCGAUGGAUACAUCUCACACAGCAAAGUGGAAAAGCUCCUUACGACCGGAGGUGAUACAAUGACACCUGAAGAGGUGAAUGCCAUUUUCUCAUUAAGUGACAUCAACAAGGAUGGCAAAUUCAACUAUGCAGAAUUCUGCAGGUUGCUUGUGUCAACAGUGGAUACGUGUCAGAUGGCCUCUUUGGAGAAGCUCCAAGCUGAUGCCAAGCUAAAAAAACAAAACUUUGGCAGCCAUUUAGGCGGUCCUCCAAAUCCCUCCAUGUCACCCGAAUCAGCAGCUUCUUUGCAGACUGCAGAAGCAACAUCAUCAGAUCCAGAUAAUACACAGAAGAAAGACAGCCGACCAUCUUCCCAUCCUCCUUCCGCUCGCAGUCGACGCUCAAAUGUGUCAAACGCAGCCACUGGAACAUCCAGCAGCAGCAAGGAGUGGCAUCACAGUUGCAUGAAGGGCUGUUUCUUACUGGAGGAGGAUGGCACUAUCAGCUCGCUGCAUUACCAGCUGCACCUGCCUCAUACAGCCUGUGUUACCCUAAGCAUCCAGCCCAUCACCCUCAACCGCAGAACAGACAAGCCUCCACCCUGGAUGUACGUGGACACGGCUCUCUUUGUGAUGUCAGCAGGCAGUACAGAUUCCUCACUAAUGUGUUUCACUAAUGCAAAAGACAACGAAAAGUACAUUUGGAGAGGAGAACUAAAAGCUGGGAAGUACUACCUGCUGCCUUUCUCCAGUGGCUGCAAAUUAAAGAAAAGGGGCAGAAAGAAUGUUUAUAGUAAAACUAUAGAACUUGUCUACAAGAAUGACACUGGACAACUGGACCUCACCAGGGAGUUCCGGGAGGUGCUAUCUGACAUCUUUGACAUGAUAGACUUGGAUGGAAAUGGUUUGCUCAGUCUGGAGGAAUACAAUUUCCUGGAGCUGAUGAUCAGUGGAGAAGAGUGUAAGAUGGGGACGUGGGCCAUCUGCAAAGAUAAUUUUGACAUGAAAAAGAACCAACUGACACGACAGGGCUUCAUGGAGCUCAAUCUGAUGGAAGCAACGGAAAAAGAUGGAGAUUCCGAUGACCUAUGGACCCUUGUGGAAACCAUGGGAUACAACCGUAGGCUGGAGCUUGUGGAGGCUUGCCCAUUUCAGAUAGAAGUGCUCUGCGAGGGCACAAAGCCAUCACUUCAGGCACUCAGACUGGACUCAGGGCCCAAGCUUCUGAACCAGGCCCUUCAGAGGUCUAUCACUCUUGCAGGAACAGCCAAACAGCUAAAGGGACAGGACAACGUGUUCAUCUACACCUACACAGGAGAACACAGGGUGUCAUCCCUCAUUGCCAACAAGUCCAACCAGAAAGUGACGAUUCAUGUCAACAACAAACACAACAGCAACUGCUGCAGCAGUCGAGGCUUGAACGUGUUUGCCAUUGAGGUGCCAGCUAGAACUAAAAUGGUGUGCCAACAUGUCCUGCCUAUCAGUGAGAAACUGGAUUGGACCUACAACUGUGUAGAGACUUUACUGCCUUAUAAAUAGUUAUGCACAGCAUUUCUAUACUUAAAAUGAAAAAGGUUCCAUUAAAUGAGGGGCUUACUUUGAGGCUUUGAGUACACAUCUCAUAUCGUUCACUAUCUACUGGUCACCACUACUGCGGGGUUGGCUUUGGGGAUAUUGCACUGGCAAUAAAGUAUGUGUGUCUGCAUUGCA